AUUAAUUCCAGGCUUACUAGAGUGUUUUGCGUUGAGCAUCCAUGGAGCAAUACAGACGGCUCUUCAAGACCGGGGCUAUUGUUACCGAUUCACCUGAAAAAGGCCGUUGUCUCUUUACCACCAGAGAUUUCUGUCCAGGAGAAGUUAUUUUAAGUCAGGAGCCUUGUUGUGUACCUAACUCCUAUUCGGAGUCAAAAUGUGACGGGUGUUUCGCGUCGAGUAACUUGAAAAAAUGCUCUUGUCAGGUUGUGUGGUACUGUGGGAGCGAUUGUCAGAAACUGGAGUGGAAGUUGCAUCGACUUGAAUGCCAAGUUCUCUCUAAGCUUGACAAGGACAGGCGAAAAUCUGUUAAGCCUUCUAUUCGUCUCAUGAUAAAACUCUAUCUUCGGAAAUUGCAAAGUGAGAAGGUUAUCCCUACUACGGCCAUGGCACAUUACAAUUUGGUUGAGGCAUUGGUUGCUCACAUGUCGGACAUUGAUGAGAAGCAGUUGCUAUAUGCACAGAUGGCCACCUUGUCAACUUGAUUCUUCAAGGCAAGAAAUCAACAUUAAAGAAUUGCGGAAAAUUUUUCCAGGUUUCAUAGAUAACUUGCAUGCAAUGCACUAACCAUUUGUGACAGUGAACUGAGACCUCUGGGAACAGGACUGUAUCCUGUCAUUUCAUUAUUAAUCACAGUUCUGGUGUUGUAGCUGCUGCCUAACGCUGUUUUAGUAUGAGGAAGAUUGGGUUUGGUGCGUGCCGUGCAACAUGUCCUAAAGGUACUGAUAAGUUACAUAGAGACUGCUGGAAGCACCAUGACAAGGCAAAAGGCUCUCAAAAAACAAUACCUUUUCACUUGUACAUGUCCUCGCUGCAUCAAAUUGGUACUUGCGUUUGAAGUACAAAGAAAGUUCAUUCUAGAAGGUUACCGCAAGGAUGAUAGAUGCAGUGGCUUCUUGCUUCGUGAUUCUGAUGACAAGGGAUUUACAUGCCAACAUGUGGCCUUUUUAAGAGUGGAAGAAUAAAAACUAACUAGUGAAAUCAAAGCAUUGUCAAACAUUCUUACUUCUAUGUCCAUGGAAAAGUCUUUCUAUCUAUAGAAGAUUGAAAAACUCCAGAGGAAUUUGUGCCAUCCCUUUUCAAUCAGUUUGAUGCAAACUCGAGACAAACUUAUAAAGAUACUGAUGGAGGUAGAAGAUUGGAGAGAAGCUCUGGCAUAUUGCCGGUUGAUUCCAGUGUAUCAAAGAGUAUAUCCUGGGUUCCAUCCUUUGCUUGGACUGCAACACUAUACCUGUGGAAAACUUGAGUGGUGUGUUACUCGGGAAACAGAAAAUGCAAUCAAAUCACUGACCAAGGCAGUGGAUAUAUUGCGAAUUACUGGGACAAAUUCACUUUUCAUGAAGGAACUCUUGAAGUUGGAGGAAGCACGUGCUGAAGCCUCUACAAACCUUCAUUGGAAGAUUAGUAACAAUUUCUACUCCCACAAAUUUCCGUAAUACAGGAAUUCUCUGUCUGUCAUCAGCCAUUCGAAGAAAAUAUGGGCUGGCCCGAAAGAAAGGACAAGCACAAGAUACACCUCUAUAAUUCAGACGAAUUCUCUGUUCAACCCACAACUGCAGUUUCCUUGCAUCGAGCUUGUAGCAGAGUUUGUUUACAUACACUCUCCAACAGCAACCAAAGAUUAAAUGGCCAGAACCACUGCAGCACCUGAUUGUCUUUUGUCUCAAAAAUAGUGUUUUUCUUUAAAUUUCAUUUUAAUUUAUGAGAACUGUGCUUUAAUAUUUUAAUUGUGAUUCAGAGGACUACUAAGGAUAUUUAGCUGCAUUAUCUUCUAAUAAAGGUGAAUUGCGUAUUAUCUCCCAAAGAGUAACGUGAAGAUGAUUACUAGAUGCUGUGAGGUGAGCAGUAUAGUGUUAAUUCACUAGGUGGUCUGUCUAUUAACCGGAAGCAGGACGUUACGAAAUUAAACGGCCUCGGUUUUCUGUAGCAUCCCCAAUCUCUGUCGACCAUGAUCACUUUUAUAAACUCGAGUCAU